AUGAACAUCAUGAACGAUUUUAUAACGGCUAUAAAAAAUUCAAAGAAGCUUUUAAAAAGCCUGGCAAUCCUUUCAAUGCUGAAGAACUUUAACAGCUGUUAUUUUCCAAUGGCUUUGAAAGAUACUCUGAGUACGGGUGGUGGAAGCGUGUUAGGACUAGUAAUUGUUGACGUCCAUCCUGGAGCUGGUCUUCUUGGUAUAGGUCGUAAAAUGUUACAAUUAGUGGCUGAUUGA